GGUGUCCCGGGGGCGACCGGGGCCCGCGGGCGGCGGGGGAAGAGGGGUCCCCGGCAGGUGGGGAGGGGGUGGUGCCUCCGCUCAACUCCUAGCCGGCGGCUCGAGGCAAAGGCGAGGGCGGCCACUCACAUCUGCACCGCAGCCGGCGCGCAUCUGCCCGCAAAGGGACUGCCGGCCCGGGUCCCCGACACGCUGCCGGCCGCCCCCCAGGCAGCGCGCGCGCACACGCCCAGCCGGGUUGGCUCGCAGACACGCGCUCGCUCUGCCUCCUCCGGCCGGCCCCCCACGUCGCCGCCACCCCCCCGACUCCCCCAGGGUCCCGCAUCCGGAAAGUGAGCCUCGGUUCGCCCCCCAGCCUGGCUGCCCUGGCCGAGCUCCUGCGCGCCCCAUGCCGGCCCUCCUGCUCCUCGGGACCCUCCUGUUACUGGCCUCGACUACCGGCCAGGCUGGGGCGCGUCCGUCCAACGCCACGAGCGCCGAGCCCCCGGGUCCGCUGCCCGCCCUGUUGGCGCACCUGCGGCGCCUGACCGGGGCGCUGACGGGCGGCGGGGGAGCAGCGGGCCCGGGGGCCAACGGCACCAGAGCCAGCACCCCGAGCUCGGCGGGCGCGGCCGCACGUGCGCCCCCUCCGGCCGAGCUGUGCCACGGCUACUACGACGUCAUGGGCCAGUACGACGCCACCUUCAACUGCAGCACCGGCUCCUACCGCUUCUGCUGCGGCACCUGCCACUACCGCUUCUGCUGCGAACACCGCCACAUGCGCCUGGCGCAGGCCUCCUGCUCCAACUACGACACGCCGCGCUGGGCCACCACGCCGCCGCCGCUGGCCGGGGGCGCCGGGGGCGCCGGGGGUGCGGGCGGGGGUCCUGGGCCCGGCCAGGCCGGCUGGCUGGAAGGGGGCCGGGCGGGGGGCGCUGGGGGGCGUGGGGGCGAGGGCCCAGGGGGCAGCACGGCCUACGUGGUGUGCGGGGUCAUCAGCUUCGCCCUGGCCGUGGGCGUCGGCGCCAAAGUGGCCUUCAGCAAGGCGUCCCGUGCGCCCAGGGCGCACCGGGAGAUCAACGUGCCCAGGGCUCUGGUGGACAUUCUGAGACAUCAAGCGGGGCCCGGGGCCCGCCCGGACCGGGCACGAAGCAGCUCCCUAACCACAGGGGUCGGAGGCCCGGACAGCAUGCCGCCGAGGACGCCCAAGAACCUCUACAACCCCGUGAAGCCGUCCAAUCUCGAUAACCUGCACAACUACCUGCACCUCAGCGUCAACAGCCCCAAACACCACGCUGCCACUCUGGACUGGCCUGGACUGACCCCGGCCGUGCCCUCUGCCCCAGACUGGCGGGCCAUCCCGCCGCCCAGCCCCUCCUUGCGCUACUCCACGCUGUCCUGCUCGCGGUCCUUCCACAACCUCUCGCAUCUGCCCCCGUCCUACGAGGCCGCCGUGAAAUCGGAGCUCAACCGCUACUCCUCUCUCAAGAGGCUUGCCGAGAAGGACCUGGACGAGGCCUACCUGAAGCGCCGGCACCUGGCGGAGGUGCCCCGUGGGACGCUGCCCCUGCACGCGCUGCGGCGACCCGGCACGGGGGGCGGCUACCGCAUGGAUGGCUGGGGCGGCCCCGAGGAGCUGGGCCUGGCCCCCGCGCCCCACCCUCGGCGCGUCAUGUCCCAGGAGCACCUGCUGGGCGACGGGGGCCGGUCGCGCUACGAGUUCACGCUGCCGCGCGCGCGCCUCGUGUCCCAAGAGCAUCUCCUCCUGUCGUCGCCCGAGGCCCUGCGCCAGAGCCGCGAGCACCUCCUGUCGCCGCCGCGCAGCCCCGCGCUGCCCCCCGAGCCCUCCGCACGAGCCAGCCUGGCCGCCUCCCACUCCAACCUGCUGCUGGGGCCCGGGGGACCCCCCACGCCGCUGCACGGCCUGCCGCCGCCACCCGGCCUGCACGCGCACCACCACCACGCCCUGCACGGCUCACCGCAGCCCGCCUGGAUGUCAGACGCCGGCGGGGGUGGGGGCACGCUGGCCCGCAGGCCGCCCUUCCAGCGCCAGGGCACGCUGGAGCAGCUGCAGUUCAUCCCCGGCCAUCACCUGCCCCAACACCUCCGCACGGCCAGCAAGAACGAGGUGACUGUCUGAGCGUCCAAGGCUGGGCCGGGGGCUGGGGCGCUGCGGCCUGGGGCCCCCAUCCCAGCCUGCACCCCCUGCCACACCCGGCUGGGGGGCCUGGAAUCCAGACCUGCGGGGGCCAGGAGGGCUACCUCCAAGGACACGGUUUUGGACGAAAUCCUCAAGAGAGAAAAAGUUUCCUUCUGCAAUGUCAUGGCAGAUAAGAUCCUCCUCCUGUCACAGUCUGAGGCAGGGCCUCCUUCCCAUGACGUCAUCACAGAGGAAGAGGCCUGUAUGUGAGGUCAUCAGUAGUAAAAAAACAUCUGUGUUCAUCACAGGGACAAACCCUGCUUCCCAUGAGGUCAUCGCAGAGGAACAGGCCCACUACAGUCAUCGCUGGAGGCCGUGUCUGUGCUCCACGGUGUCAUCACGAAGACCUCCCUCUGGUGACGUCGUAAGAGGACCAAUGCCUUGUCCCGUGACAUCGUCCCGAGAGACAAGGAGCCCUCCUGUGACGUCACUGCACAGAUAAGUCUCACCCUCUGAUGUUGUCUCUGGCACCAAAAGGCCUCUGUGGACCUCAUCGUCACCAGGAAAAUAUUUUCUUCCAAAGAAGAUGCCUCUGUCUAUGAAGCCGUGCCUGCAGACAAAGCCAUCUUCCGGGACGCGCCACAGGGAAAAGCACCUCACGUCCUUACCAGACACAAGGCCUCCUUUCUAGGACAUCGCCACAGGGGUUCUGCUUCCUUCCUGUGACGCCAUCACCAGAGGAGCUGGCUCGCCCUGUGAUGUCAUCCCCGCAGACGGGCAGCCCGUUAGGGGCCUCUCCAGGGUGAGGCCCCUCUGCACCACAGCACCAGACUCUGCCUGCGCGGAGAUUACGUCCCCGUGAGACACGUCCACUGCGAUUGCCCAGCAUCCACAAGGCGGGCCGCCCAGAGCCCACGACUAAGCUGGGGGCCACCAAGGAAGGGACCGGUCCUGAGAUGCCACCCCAGGUGUCAUUGCUGGGGCGGCUGCCCUGUGGGGAAGCUUUGGCCAGAGGUGACAGCCCACCCCUGGGGCCCUGGAGCUGUGACGACACCACCGGAGACACUGCCUGCUCUGGGAGGCCAUUCCUUGUGAUGGUGUCACCAGAGUUUCUGCCUUGUCCCACCAUGACUUAGCUUGGAUGCUCUCUCCCCUGACCCUAGGGACAAGCCCUAUGCGAUUUCCACCAGAUCCUCCCCUCAAGUGAGGCUGGGCCAUGGGUCCUCCCCCCAUGCAGGGAUGUCACCUCCUGGUGACUCCUGGAGGACAGCAUGCACUCCCAGACUGGCUUCUGCUCCCAAGGAGGCCGCUCCACUGCUCCUAGAGUCCUGGGGACUCUUAGGCGGCCCCACAUCUCUCUGCCACAACUACAGACAUCAUCAACUCUGCAGAGUCCUGGCCGCCUGUUGGGGCGGGGGGUGGGGUGUGCCUGCUACUGACAUCAUCGGCACCACAAGACUUCCACCACUCACGGCCGCAUUGCACCUGGGCUCCCGUGGCAACCAUGCCUGGUGAUGACAUCAUUUCCCAGGGUUCCCUAUGAUCUACGGCAUGUUCACCUCCCAGGAUCCACCACAGCUAGGGCCUCGUUCUCAUCCAAGAUUCGUCAUAACUGCAGUGUCACCUUCGAAGGUAGCCUAGAGCCAGUGGUGUCAGCAUCACCCAGGAUUCUCCACCAACAUGGUGUCGUCAUCCCCCAGGAUUCACCACAGCUGAUGAUGUCAUCAUCCCCCAGAACCCGCCAUGACCAGUGAUGUCAUCACCUUCCAGAAUCCAGUAUGGCCGAUGGCGACAUCUUCUACCAGGAUCCACUAGGACUGAUGAUGCCCCAGUUUCCCACAGACCCCCACAAUUGUGCUGUCAUCUCCCAGGACCCACUCCAACCGCGAUGUCUUCAUGCCCCAGGAUCCACCUUAACCAUGCUCUCAUCACCUCCCAGGAACCAAUUCAGCCAUGAUGCCACCAGGCCCCAGCAUCCCUGAGCGUCGAUGAUGUCCCGGGACCCAUGACAUCCAACAUCAUCAUCUUCCAGGAUCCACUUCAACCUUGGUACCAUCAUCAACUGGGAUACACCAAAACUGACAUCCUCAUCUCCCAGGAUCCCAGACACCCAAUUAUGUCAUUUAUCAGGAUCCAUGUCAACCAUGUAUCAUCACCUUCCAAGAUCCAUCCCCUUGGGAGCCAAGCACUAUAUAGCCAAGUACAGCUAUAUUUCAAUUCUCUUGUGGGGUCACCUACAGUCGUUCCCUUUAGAGGAACCAGCACAAUAUGUAUUCUUUCCCCCCCUCCCUCAAAAAGAGCGUGGGGUGGGGCUCCCUCUGAUGACAUCAUCCUACUCCAGCCCUUCUUGGUGAUGUCACUGCCUUGCUCCUGACUCAGGCUGAUGCCUGCCUCAACCCGAUCACAGACUUGGCCUUGGCCAGUCCCCCCUCACCCCUGGGUGAGGGCACCAGUCCCUCUGGAUAACUGCCCUUCACCCAACCAUCUGAUCGGUGACAGGGUCAACACAGAGACCUCUUAACAUCCCCAGAGGGGGGCCUUCCAGUCCUUGGGUGAUGUCACUGCCCCAGUCCCAUCCCUGGCACCGGAGCCGCACCCAGCGCCACACGCCAUUGGCUUGGGCCAAACUCUCCCUGGAGACACCCAGGGCCGGGCCAACAGCUGCCGACCUCCCCAGGGCCUUCAGUGGUGUCUGCCGCUGCCUCAUCCCGGGAGGGCACAUCUGGAGUGCGGCGGCCACCGCCCCUACCACCCACAGGGCAGGGUGUGCUCUGCAUCUCCCAGGGAUGGCAGAGGAGCACCACUCUCUCCCCUUGCCCCUUCACCCUCUGGGGAGUCCCCAACACCCAACGCACAAUUUGCCCCAAAUUCUCUUUGUACAUAGCCAUGUUGGGGGGCGGCCAUUCCCCCACUCUUAAAGGGCUACACGCCCCCUCUCCCAGCCCCGAGGGCCAGGUCGGGGGGCCUCUUCUCCCUCCUCUGGGCCGCCCCCCUUCCUCUCCUCUCUCCCCACAAAUAAUGGCACCUCAGCUCAUCCCUUCUCAUCGGGAGCCUGGGGCAGAAACUUGGCCCUCAAUUCCCACCAUGGUCCCCUGGAGGAGGAAACGGCAACCCCCUCCAGUGCUCUUGCCUGGGAAACCCCAUGGACAGAGGAGCCUGGAGGGCGAUACUCCAUGGGGUCUCAGAGAGUCGGACACGCCUGAGCAACUGAGCACACAGCAUGGCUCCCACCACACUGAGGACACUGAGGGGCUAGCCCCAGUCUACCAGGGCCCCAGGGCCAGUGUUUCAGCCCCCUGUUUGCAGCUGCUCCGCUGGGCUCCCCCAAUCCCUCCAAGGGCCUCGACACGCCCAGGGUCCCUAGGGCAGACUGUGACUUCCCCCAAAAGGAGCCGGCUUGAGCACCUGCCCCCCCAGAGCCCCUCCCCUCCACUCACCACCCCCAAGGAGCACUCAGCCUUCUCCAGCCCCCACAUCUGCAGGGUUGGGGCCUCUCAUUUUUUAUAUGCCCCCUCCCCUUCCACUCGCUCUUUCCUGGCCUGGAUUCCAGGCAUCUCGCCCCCCGCCACCCACCACACAUCCCUCACUCGACACAGGCUGCCCGACCCUGGGGCCUUGACCUCUUAUCUCAAAUAAGCCAUAGUGGGGAGAGGUCUUGAGGUGGAUGAGGAAGUGGGCAUGUCCUGCCAGACCCCCCUGAUGCUUCCAGAGCUGAGACCUUGCCAUCUGAGUCUCCUCGCUGCCCUGCUGCCUUGUACAUCAUACAGGCUUGUGUGCGUACGUGCACGCACACACACACACCCAUUCCAGUGAGGGGGCAGUGGAGGACAGUAUAGAGAGAAGAUGAUCCAUUCUGGACCAGAAGACCUUCUGCAGCUCUGCCUGCUUCCUUACCCCUCCCCACCCUGCUCCGCCACCCAACACCGGACUCGCCCCAGCUCCUUAGUGAGGACAGCCAGCCAAGCUGCACUUGGUUUUUUUUUUUUUAAAUAAACAGAUGUUUUCCUGA